GUUAAAAAGACCUCUCUCUUUCUCUCUCUCUCUACCGUGUUCAAGCUGAAGCUCAUCAUCAACCCAUCAAGUGUUUUUGCAGCCAGCCGAGCUGAAUUCAUCCAUGGAGCCUCCCUCUCUUCUUUUCCUUUUCUUUCUCCUUCUGGGUUUCUCAUUCUCUGCACACUUCACUUGCCAGGCUCAACUUCUGCCAGAAGAUGAAGUGAAAACUCUUGAGACAAUAGCCACAAGAUUGAAUAACAGAUACUGGAACAUCAGCCAAACCUCUUGUGGAGGCGGUUUCAAUGUGAAUUUCACCUCCGACUAUUUUAGCAACGUUACAUGUGACUGUACUUUCGAGAACUCCACUGUUUGCCAUGUCACAAACAUCCAGCUGAAGGGUCUUAAUUUAACUGGUGUUAUACCUGAUGAGUUUGGAAAUCUUACUCACCUGCAAGAAAUUGAUCUCACCCGCAACUAUCUCAAUGGAUCAAUCCCUACAAGUCUUGCCCAGAUUCCUCUUGUCACUCUGUCUGCUUUGGGAAACCGUCUUUCUGGGUCAAUUCCUAAGGAAAUUGGUGACAUUGCUACACUUGAGGAGCUGGUCUUGGAAGAUAAUCAGCUAGAAGGAUCCCUUCCUGAAAACCUUGGAAAUUUGAGCAGUUUGAAUAGACUCCUUCUUGCUGCAAACAAUUUUACGGGAACAAUACCAGAAACGUUUGGCAAUCUGAAAAAUUUAACUGAUGUUCGGUUAGAUGGGAAUACAUUUUCAGGGAAGAUACCAGAUUUUAUUGGGAAUUGGACCCAACUUGACAGGCUAGAUAUGCAAGGCACAUCCAUGGACGGUCCCAUUCCUUCUACCAUAUCCCUGUUGACAAACUUGACUCAGUUGAGAAUAGCUGAUUUGAAUGGAUCAUCUAUAGCUUUCCCCAACUUGCAGAAUUUGGCAAAGAUGGAAGAACUGGUACUGAGAAAUUGCUCAAUUACCGACUCAAUCCCAGACUACAUUGGGGGAAUGGCAUCUUUGAAAACAUUAGACCUGAGCUUCAACAGAUUGAGUGGUCAAGUUUCAGAUACAUGGAGUUUGUCAAAACUGGAAUAUCUGUUUCUGACUAACAACUCUUUGAGUGGAACACUACCCAGUUGGAUAUCAGACAGCAACCAGAAAUUUGAUGUAUCUUACAACAACUUUACAGGGCCGUCGUCUCUCACAGUUUGCCAGCAAAGGGCCGUGAACUUAGUUUCCAGUUUUUCAUCUUCAGACAGCAACUCAGUAUUUUGGUGUCUUAAGAAGGGUCUCCCCUGCCCUGGAAAUGCCAAACACUAUUCCUUGUUUAUUAAUUGUGGAGGACCUGAGAUUAAUUACGAGGGAAAUGACUAUGAAAGGGACUUAGAUGGAUCGGGUGCAUCACACUUCAGUGAUUAUUCAGAAGAAUGGGGUUAUAGUAGCACAGGGAUUUUCACAAACAAUGACAAUGCUGCUUAUGUAGCAACAAACACAUUUUCUCUGAAUAUAACGGGUCCAGAGUACUUACAAACAGCUCGCACUUCUCCUAUAUCGCUCAAGUAUUAUGGUCUCUGCAUGCGAAAGGGCAGCUACAGAGUGCAACUCCACUUUGCUGAAAUUAUGUUUUCUGAUGAUGAGACAUUUAGCAGCUUGGGGAAGCGCAUUUUUGAUGUUUCAAUCCAAGGGGUUACAGUCUUGAAGGAUUUUAACAUUGUGGAGGAAGCUAAAGGUGUUGGUAAAGGCAUCACUAAGGAUUUUGAGACUUAUGUUAAUGGUAGCACUCUGGAGAUCCAUUUAUACUGGGCAGGCAAAGGGACUAAUGCCAUUCCUAGUAGAGGUGUAUAUGGACCUCUUAUAUCCGCUAUUACAGUGACACCAAACUUUGAUGUCAGCACAGGGCUAUCUGCUGGAGCUAUUGCUGGUAUUGUAAUUGCUUCAAUUGCGGCUGUUGUUUUGAUUUUGAUAGUCCUCAGACUGACAGGCUACCUAGGGGGGAAAGACCAAGAAGAUAAAGAACUUCAAGCACUAAAACUACAAACUGGUUAUUUCAGUUUAAGACAGAUCAAAGCUGCUACCAAUAACUUUGAUCCUGCAAAUAAGAUAGGUGAAGGUGGAUUUGGGCCCGUUUACAAGGGUGUACUCCCAGAUGGUUCAGUAAUUGCGGUCAAGCAGCUCUCCUCCAAAUCAAAACAAGGGAACCGCGAAUUUGUCAAUGAGAUAGGCAUGAUAUCUGCCUUGCAACACCCAAAUUUAGUGAAGCUUUAUGGCUGGUGUAUUGAAGGAAACCAGUUGUUGCUCAUAUACGAAUAUUUGGAAAACAAUUGUCUUGCUCGUGCACUUUUUGGUCGCAUUGAACAGCUGCUAAAUUUGGACUGGCCAACAAGAAAUAAAAUAUGCUUGGGGAUAGCAAGGGGACUGGCAUAUCUACACGAGGAGUCAAGGUUGAAAAUUGUUCACAGAGAUAUCAAGGCAACCAAUGUGCUGCUUGAUAAGGAUCUAAAUGCUAAGAUAUCUGACUUUGGUUUAGCUAAACUUGAUGAAGAAGAGAACACACACAUCAGCACACGUAUCGCUGGAACAAUAGGAUACAUGGCUCCUGAAUAUGCGAUGAGGGGUUACUUGACAGACAAAGCAGAUGUUUACAGCUUUGGAAUCGUUGCUCUAGAGAUUGUCAGCGGGAAAAGCAACACCAAUUACAGGCCCAAGGAGGAGUUUGUCUAUCUUCUUGACUGGGCUUAUGUCCUACAAGAGCAAGAAAACCUUCUCGAACUCGUGGAUCCAAGUCUUGGUUCGAAGUACUCCAAAGAAGAGGCACAAAGGAUGCUGAACUUGGCUCUCCUGUGCGCCAACCCGUCUCCCACUCUCAGGCCAUCCAUGUCUUCUGUAGUGAGUAUGCUCGAAGGCAAAACUGCAGUCCAAGUACCAUUAAUCAAGCGUAGCUCAAUGAAUUCAAUGAAUUUGGAUAUGAGGUUCAAAGCCUUCGAGAAGUUGUCACAGGACAGCCAAACAUAUGUCUCAGAGCGCUCUCAAGGCAGUCAAAUGCAAAGGAGCAUGUCAAUGGAUGGACCAUGGAUUGGUUCCUCAGUUUCCUUCCCUGAUAAAGACAAGACCCGAGAACAUUCUUCAUCAAGCAAACAGAAACUUCUCCAUGACUAAAAUCUAAACUGAUCAACCAAAAUACACAACAGGCUCCCUUCAUCAGUUUGAAGUUACUAGUAUGAAUUUUCUGCAGAUUCUUUUGUAAAGAGUGAUUGCCAUGCGAGUAAAACGCUUGAAACUCAUUUUUGUUUGAUCAAAUGCAGAUCCUUGUGUAAAGAAUGUAUAGAUUCUUUGUUGCAUGCAAAUUAUUUACUGGGGUUUAAUAAUAUGAAUGCAAUUUAGCGAUUUGAUUUCA